GUGUUUCUCCUCUCAACACUUUUGCUACGCCGAUACCUAGGGCUAUCGCCGCCGCAUUUCUCAGUCGCCGGCGGAAAAGCCUCCCGGAAAAAUGUAUCUCCUUAGAAAUGCACUCCGAUCGAAUUCUUCUGUACGAACAGUGAAUCCAACAAUUGGCCUACCUUUGUAUCUUCGAGAAUCUCCGAGAUGUUUCUCCACCGAAACCGAACUGCCAUCAUCGCCGCCACCGGAGCCACAACCCGACGCCUCAGUCGAUCGAAUUCUUCAAUCAGCAAGCUCAGGUUUUUUGUUUGGAAGACUGUCCGGCGGCUCAAGAUACGCAUUGAAAAGUGAUAUUAUUAAGUUGCUAGAAGGUUCUAAUUUGACACCUGAUGAUGUCAAAUUCAGCUACAACUGGACCUUUGAUCCCAUUGCAACGUUGGUGAGGUUCCCCUCGCCCAGUGCUUACAAUCAUGCACAAAGGACAAUUCGGAAGUUUGGGUUUUACAAGUUUGAGAGGAUUAAUGGUUCCGAAUGGGAUAUCCUUGCACCAUAUGAUGGGAAAACUGUUGUACUGCAAGGAAUCCCACGAAAUGCACUUCCAGAUGAUGUGGAACGCUUUCUCUCAGGUUUUGAUUUUGAUGCAUCCUCCAUGCAGAUGUUUCAAAGGGGGUCAUUCCCCAAAAACAUCAGACUUGCAAUAGUACGCUUCCCUUCCCAAAUCCAAGCUAUGAAUGCAUUCCUCAAGAAGAACAGAGGGCUCUGUCUUAAUGACAGAAUCUCGGUACGAGUUCUUCAGUAAUGGUGAUUUUUAGUUAUUCUGGGCGAUUGUUGCAACAUUAUGAGAGGCAGGAGUUACAGGAUUUAGUUGGAAUUUUACAAUGCUAUAAUCGCAAGACAUCUUAGAUCUUAUUUUUCUUAUGAAUCAUGUAACUUUUUCAAGAUUUCAAGUAUUUUUGUGGAUUUGCGGAGUCAAUUACUGAAAUGGUGAAUCAUAUUGUUAUGAAAAAUAACGGAAAAUGGACUGGUUCAUCAAUCC